AUGGGGACCCCAGUAAACCUUACAAAAGGCGACCUCGACCUCGCCGCCUCAAUCACCAUAAACCUCGGUUUUCUCGCCCGUAACUUCUACGACACCAGAACAAUCGAUGUAAUCUCCGCCUUCGCAGGGUUCUACAACGACACCCCCAACGCCACGGAUCCCGAAAUCCUGGCAUUCAGCGGCGCUCGUCCUCAGGAUCUUAGUCUUCUCUUACAAGUACUAGGAGAACGUGACAUGUUGCGUGAUAGUAUAUUCUGGCUUGAUGCUAUUCGACAAUAUUUGCCGUAUACGCCGGGGACGGGACAUCUGCUCGUGCCGGUUUUUGCGGUGUUCACGGUGAUUACUACGAUUGUUUUGGCGUUGAGGCUUUGGAGUCGACAGACUAUUGCGGGGGGGAUUAGGGGGUAUGAUUGGAUUAUGGUGUUUGGUUAUUUCAUGACCCUUGUUUAUAGCGCCAGCGCUCUGUACCACGCCGUCAAUAUCAACAUAUCAUCUCAAUUCUGGGGCUACAGCUGGAAUGAAAUCGCCCGACAACAGAUGUUCUACAUUGUCCUCGACAUUCUCUACCCAAUCGCCGCACUAAUCAUCAAAUCCUCCCUCCUCUUAUUCUACUACAGCCUCUUCUCCGGCCGGUACCUAAGGUUAUCUGUCUGGGCCACCUUCGGUUUCACCCUCGCCACUACUAUGACAAUAAUCCUCUAUAGUAUAUUUAAAUGUCAUCCUGUGGCCUACUGGUCGGAAUGGUACACCAGUGAAUGCGACAGCCAUCAAAAGAUUCCAUACCUCGUCACCGGAUCAUUUAUGAUCCUUAGCGAUGUAAUAAUCUGGGUGUUACCUUUACCCAUGGUUCUAAAACUCCAACUCUACCGUCGUGAGAAAAUCGCGGCGAUAUUUACUUUCAGUUUGGGAAUAUUUGCCUGCAUCGCCUCCAUCUUCCGUCUUCAAGCGGUCCACAAAUACUUCUUCACCUCAGCUGGUACCGGAAAAACUCCAAUAAUCAACACCUGGACAAUCGUAGAACUCAACCUAGCCAUCAUCUGCGCUUCUGCCCCUGCCCUUCGUGCUUUGUGUAUCAGACAUGCUCCAAAGCUUCUAAGCUACGGUAGCAAUGGCACAGAUAGCAGCAGCAAUAGCAGCAAUAACAGCAAUAACAACAGCGGUAACGGUAGUAUGAACGAACGUAACAGGAAGAAUACUAAAAGCGUGCAUGGAAGGGUUAUUGUUCAUCAUGAUCAGAUUAGACCGUCGGAUUUGGCGUCUCUCAGAAGUGGGAUUUCGAGGACGGGGAGUGGGUGGAGUGAUGUUGAGAAGUCGGUGCAUUAUUCUUCGACGUCGAGGAUUGGGAGCCCUGUCUAA